AGAUAUCGAUGCGGAUUUAUUAUUAGCGACCAUCACGGCGCAGUAGGACUGCGUGUCUAUGGGUAUUAUGUAGGUGUGCCAUGCACGAUGAUACAGAAUCAUAACAUGUCCGGACUCCCGUGCACAGGUAUUUCUUACUCAACGUUUUUCAUCGUUAACGAUUAUGUCCUGUGACAAUAUUUUAUUCCGAAAAUUGCAUGAUGCAGCGUCUCAUCAGCGUAUAAUGCUAUAUGGUAUGUCGAAAAGUUGUCAUGGUCAUAACAGUGAGAUACAACAUAUUGCAUGCCUACUUCAGCAACGUUUUUUGUUAAGGUUAUACAUGUACAUAACAGUAAGAGUCAGAAUGCGUACGUGCCACCAUUCUAAUGUUUUAUGGCGGAGGUGUCUAGACUUUGCUCACAUUGCACGAAGUUCGAUGUAGCGUAAUCAGAUCAUGGCUUGUUUGGUGAACCUGGUUCGUCCUAAUGUGCUGGUAAUGGAAAUGGAAUCUAAUUUAUGGGUAGGGUGUUAAUGAAAAUAGGCAGGCCAGAAAAAGGCUAAAAAGCACCGACAAAAUGUUGCGUAUGAUUUUCAGGACAAAAAAUGGGAUAUAUAAACUUGCAUGCUUCGAAAUCAGAUCUUUCUAUGAAAUGCAAAUGCAAGACAUGAUUUUACUAAGUUUUUGUCUCUUGGCGAUUGCCAUCCAGAAGAUUGAUAUGUUGCAUGCUUUUCUCUGUCCUGACUAUGUCACUAUCUCGUAUCUUGAUCAUGUGUGACCGUUCACUCGAACGAAAUCCUUCCCGUAGGCAAACACUACAUGCUGUGUGAUCCUGCUCGCGACAGGAAUGACCGUCACUAUUUCGGGACUUUUCUGCACAAGCUCUCAAACAAAAUAGCUGCCAUUUCCCUUUCACACUUAACAAUGCCUGCCCAGAACAUAGUGAACCAAACUGCAGGAAGUUAAAACAUUGCCAAACAGAGCUAACGCGGUGCAAUGUACACUCAUUUUACACAACCGUUAAACAUGCUGUUAUGGGAACAUUCCUCCCCUUAGCAAACAAGUUUGUCCGCUGUGACCCCUUACCCACCUGUAACAAUCACAUGACGACACCUGAGACCACUAGUUGAUCAUGAUGGCGGCUAACGGGACCACGUCCCCGGAGUCUUUCCACGUCUGGGACACUAAGGACAACUUUCUGGUCUGUAAGCUGUGCUCAGAGAUCUACUGUAACCCCAAGUUGUUGCCGUGUCUGCAUACUUUCUGUGAGGAUUGUUUGGAAAGAUUUGCGUCUGUGGACGUGGACAUAGUGGAGUGUCCCGUGUGCCGAGUGAACCACACCAUCCCGGACUUGGGUGUAGCUGGAUUUGAAGAUAACGGAUUUGUGGCGAGUUUGUGCAAGACUCUGUCUGCUAAUGACGCGGACACCAGAGACAGGGAGGUGCCGUGCUCGGUGUGCGGGGACGAUGAGAGCGGGGAGGUGUUGUCGGUGUCCCACUGUAUCGAGUGCGGGGACAACCUGUGUCCCGACUGCGCCUUCGCCCACCCCCGGACAAAGUUCACCCGAGGUCACCAUGUUGUGUCGCUCUCGGAGUUACUGUUCGUCAAGAACAAAGGUAAACUUGACGAACGGAGGAAAGAAAUCGAUCAAAACUUCGACGCGGAAGCCCCGAAAUACCGAGCGGCGAGCGAGCGCAGCCUCAGCAAGGUCAAAGGUUUCCUGGAGACCGCUAGUAAGAAGAUUCCGUCCUACGAGACCUCCAUCAGAAAGUUGACAGAAUCAGAGACGCACAAGGCACGGCAGAGGACCGAGGUUUCCGAGCAGAUCGCCGAAACCACCAGAAGAUACAUCUCCGCCGGGAAGAACAAAAGAGGUUUCUUCUGUCCGAACUUGAGACUAUUUACGAGCGGGAAAAGUUGGACAUCGACGCUGAGAAAGACUCGCUGAAGGUGGACUUACUGCGGCUCCGCAGCACCUGUG